AUGGUGAUGAGCCAUCGACAUGCGGUCGAAUACUUGAAGAAGCGCAAGCAGGAGGGACUGAUUGCUGGGGCGUAUGCUCCGGCGCUCGUCGACUGCCACGAGGGAGUCCUCCUGCAUACGUCCUUUGUGCGCGACUUGCUCGAGUUCUGCCAGCGCCACGAUGUGGUUGUGUUGAUGGAGGAGCACUACCUCGACACGACGCAACAGGAGACGCGACCUGCCGCUGUCCUCGUCAUCAUGGACGCGCGCAGCGGUUCUGCUACGUCAGAAGUCAUGGAUAGCAUCCGCAGUCUGGCCAAGUAUCGCUUGGGCAAGACCUACGCCUCGGCUCUCCUCAACCCAACUCAGCGCAUUCACCAGGCUUGA